CCCACCCAUAAAGACCCUUCCCACCAGCCCUCCUGAGGAAUUAAGAAUGGUCACUGCAGCAUCUUCUGUCAUCUCUGUGGCCUGGAUGAGUCCCAGCAUCGUUGCCUCAGGAAUUGUGGUCAAGGAGUACAAGGUGGAGUACAGAACGGUGGAGGCUGGAGUUGGGAAGGACCAAUGGGCUGAAAAAAGGACUGGGAGAAAAACAGAAUUUUACUCUAUCGAAGGUCUGAAUCCCCAGACAGUGUACAGAAUACGGGUGUUGGCCGUGUGUGAUAAUGGAACUCUGGGUGUCCCCAGUGAGGAGUUGGAGGUCUCCACAUCACUGGAAAAAGAAGGCAGAGACAACAUAGCCCAACAGUUCCUUCAGAAAAGGUUCCUGGUGGAGGACAGCCAGCCAUUAGUGUUUGCACUUACUCUGGAGGAAGUCCCCUCAGUUGCCUCCACCUCCUGUCUCAUGUACCAGCUUGGAAAGGAGAGCCUGGAAGUGCCCAACAAAGUCAUCCUGGUGAUGGGAGCAACCCUGUCUGGGAAAACCACUCUGAUCAACGGGAUGAUCAAUUAUAUUCUGGGUGUCCAGUGGGAAGAUAAUUUCAGAUUCAAACUCAUUCAUGAAAUCACCCAAAGAAGUAAAGCUGGAAGCAGGACGUCUGAAGUGACAGCCUACAUGGUGAACCAUCAGAAAUGUUUCCGAAUUCCCUAUUCUCUCACAAUCAUUGACACGCCAGGAUUUGGCGAUGCAGAGCAAGACAAACUGGUUGAGAAACAGCUCCUGGAGUUUUUCUCCACCCCAGGGGGCAUUGACCACGUGGAUGCCAUCUGCUUGGUGGCCCAAGCCUUCCUUUCCCAUUCAACUCAUGCCCAGAAAUGUGUCUUUGAUUCCAUGCUCUCCAUGUUGGGAAAAGAUGUGAAGGAUAACAUCCAACUCCUGAUCACCUUUGCGGAUGGGGGGACCCCACCUGUCCUGGAGGCCCUCAAGGAGGCUGACCUGCCGUGUGCUCAGGAUGAGUCAGGAACCCCUCUGCACUUCAGAUUCAACCAUUCAGCUCUCUUUGCUCCCACCCAAAAUGGAGGAAGCCGUAAUGCGGUUGCUGAAAUGUUCUGGAAAAUGAGCACUGAGAGCAUGAAGGAUUUCUUUGACUCUUUAAAGAUGGUGGAGACCAAAAGUUUAACCUUGACCAUGGACAUCCUCAAGGAACGUCAGGAGCUGGAAGCUGCUCUUAGAAGUCCUCCCUCUCUUAAGGUUCAGCCUGUCAAACCAAAUAGUUUCCUGAUCACUAUUAAUCCAAUGGCCGAAGCGAUGGCUUCAAUCUCUGGGUACCAAGUGGCAUAUCGGGCUGCAGGAGAGGAGAACUGGAAAAGUCUCCAUGUAGAAGGUUCUAAGAAUGAAUUCACCCUAGAAAAUGUGCACCUCACUACUCAGUACCAAUUCCGAUGUGCUGCUGUGACACAUCUUGAGAUCAGCCGAUGGAGUGAGGAGACCACUUGCAUCUAUCCUGCAGAGAAGACUGAACAGAAACCGCCAGAUCUGUCCUGGGCGACUCCUCUGGGUAGGACUGCAAACUUCGGAGGACCUGAGCGGAGGAUCGUCCUUGUGGGCAAAGGCGGAAACGGGAAAAGUGCAACAGGAAACACAAUUCUGGGAAGAAAAGCCUUUGUGUCUGGGAUGUCACUUAGACUACUGACCAAAACUUGCCAAAGAGAAGAGGCACAGCUGAAUGGCAGGAAGGUUGUGGUGGUCGAUACACCUGGCAUCUUGGACACUGGCUAUCCCAUGAGAGAAACUCUUCCCGAAGUGAGCAAGUGUAUGAAGUUUUGCUCCCCGGGUCCACAUGUCAUUCUGCGCAUCGUGCGUCCUGGCCUUUUCUCCCAUGACGAGAAGGAAGUGGCUCAGCUGAUCAGAGAGAUGUUCAGCUUUAGGGCCCUGAAUUACAUGAUCCUCUUGUUCACCCGGAAAGAGGACCUGGACGGAAGGUCUCUGGAGGAAUACAUAUCUGGGGAAGGUGUCUGUUUUAGGGAAGAGGCAUACCAUUGUGGGAACCGGUUCUUGGCUUUCGACAACAAGGCCACAGGAGAAGAACGAGAGGCUCAGGUGGCCCAGCUGAUGACCAUGAUUGAUCAACUGGUGCAGAAGAAUGGGGAUGCUCCUUAUUACACGGAAGACAUGCUGAUGGCGGAGAAGUUCAAGGAAAAAUUCAAGUUGUUUUCAUAGAGACUGAUUGAUCCUCUGCUCCACAGUGGCAACUCUCCCAAAGGCCCUCCAUUUCCUUCCUUCUGUUCUGUGUUCUAAUCCAGCCCUCGCCAGGUGACUUCCAAAGUACCUGAGACUCAUGGCUGAGUCUCCCUGAGCCAAUUCCUUCUCCUGAGAACCCACUUUCUCCCCUUGGAUGACAGGACUUUCUUCAAAGCCACGUGAAAAUCCUGCCCCCACCCCACCCCAGUAUCAACCGGCCCCACAGCCUAAUUCUCUCCCAUCCUGGAUCCCUGUCCCUUUGGAAGCACAGACACUCCCGGGCUUCCCAUCUGUCAAUCAUUUGAGGUAUAUCAGGCUGAGAAGCCACCAACGCAAGAAAUAUUAGAAGAAAAGAAGUCGAAAGUAGAAAUUGGGAAAAUAGCAUUAUGUAUCCUGAAAUAUAAUAGCCUAUUAUAAUUACUAUGUAUACACAAAUAUUCAAAAUUGAAAGAUUAUGAUUAUGUAUAUUUAAAUGGUAAUAUCAUUAUCAGAAUUGUAUGCAAAGUAUAUUAACCCAGACAAUACACGGUUCCCCAAGCACGUUUGGAUGUUAAAGAAAAAAAUCAUAAAUAAAAUUGAAGCCCCCACAACUUCUGAAAACAA